AUGGAUCUGAUCACGCGAUUCGUGCGUGGCUUCGAGGGAGACAAGCCAUAUUACGACCGUCUCGGCGAAGAGUUGAGGAGAGAAUGUGAUGGCAUGCUUAAGCCGCAUGAUAACAUCAAAUAUUUCUGGGAAUGUCGAACUAAAACGGCAGAGUCACUGGAGAGGAAGUUGAAUCACAGGGCGAAGACAAAACCCUACACAGAUAACGCUUCUAUCUUCGCGGAUAUCAAGGAUCUAGUUGGCGCAAGAAUUAUCCUGGCAUGGCGUAGUGAAAAUGACUUCAAGAUGGUCAAAAAAUUAAUUACCCAGACAUUUGACGUCCUGGAUACCAAACAACAUCCAAUGUCGCGUUCGAACCCAGUGGGCAGCACCAGUGGCUUUCCUGUUUACACCGCACUCCAUUUUGCGGUAAGAUCGCGCGACCCUGAAUCCUCAAUGAGCAGACCCCCAGAAUUACGAUUUGAGAUCCAAGUCAUGUCUACGUUCAUGUACUUUUACGAUAGUCUCUAUCACCAGACAUACGAGAAGCUCCAUAGUGAGGCGGAAGACAUAUCCUUUGAUUACGAUCGCCUGGGACACGGUACCAGAAGCCCAAGUCUCUGGGAGCCUAGUGAUGCAGAAAGUAGAUCUCUUGAGGAAAUCUUUGGGUUGAUGCGGAUGUCAGAGAUGAUUGUUGACAAAAUUCGUCAUUUGUUGGUCAAUACGCCCAAUAUUAGGGCAAUGGUAGACGAAGAGAAAUCAAUGCUCAAGAAGACGUUGCAGGUACGGAAAUCAUGGGAAGAUGACUUUUGGGGCUUUACGCCACGAAGGCAGGAACCUCAUAACUACUCGCUACAAACACUAGACAUGGAAGAGUCACACAGUCGCUAG